CAUUUUCCUUCUUCCUAAUUUAUCUAUUUCCAUUUUCGAGCCUUUCUUGAGACAAUAAUUUAACAAAUUUCUUCAGCAUCUUCUUCCUCGAACCAAAUCUGCCUCUCUCAAUUAGCCAUGGGCGUCGCCGUUCUAAAUCCUCAAGAUUGCUUGAAAGAUCCUUUCUCUCACAUGAAACACCAUCGCAAUCCAAGCGCAUGUCCCAACAGGCAGAAGAAGCCGGUUUCCAACAACCGUACACGCCGUAGUCCUCCUCGUAAUCAAUCCACCAGAUCUUCUCCUUCUCCUCCUCCUGUAGCACCGCCGCUUCCUCCUCCUCGUGCGGCCGUCUCUGCUUUCGUUCCAAAAGGAACCGUCAAGAAGAGUCCUAGCAAUACCGUAGUCGUUAGCCAGGUGAGAAUCCUGAAGCGCGGCGAAGAAAUCCCCAAGGAGACUUCAGAUCUGGUUGUUGAAAAGUCAGAUCUGGGAUCUACUCGUCGGAUUGGACCAGAUCCGGGUUUGAUUCCGAGUCAGAUCCGUUUAUCUGGCCGCAAAUUGAAAUCAGCACCGUUUUACGCCGGUCCUGUGACCAUGACCUCUCCGCCUCCCAGCGAUGUCCCGCUUCCUGCCUUUUUCACGAAGAAGGCAACCAAUGAUCUCAUCAGGAUCCUUCGCCUAGACAUCGCCUGACGGUGUCUGUCGCCGAUCGUCUUAGAUUUUUAAAAUCUCCGAUGAUCCAACUGGUUACUAAAGUGUUACAAUUCCA